CCUCUGAUUGGCUGUCCAGACCACGUGACUAACGGUCGCGGGAAGUACGUUACCUAGCGCGUGACGAGACGAGGCUACUUGAAGUGUUCGUUUUAAAACAACAUUUUUUCCUUGUGUUACGUCGUAUGACGUGUUCUAUGUGUGUCUGGACCGAGGAGGUGCUGUCGGGCAUCGAUACCCGCCUGGAACGGGUAGUUUAAAGUUUUUCCUUUGACUCUAACCAACGUGUGGUCGAGUUGGUCACUUGGUCGCUUCUCAGCGCGUGGAGUUGGCAAACAAUUUCGCCAUUUUGGGGAUUAGCUGACUUCGCCAAGACGCCUCACCAACUUUUUUCUCGUUUUGGGACACUAAUAUCUUCAAAGUUGACUUUUGCUUAGGAGAAAACCAUCGGAGGUAGUGGUUGUUGUAUUUCGACGACAAACUUGUACUCGUUUAAGCUAGUAUGUCGAGCUACAACCGCCAUUGGGAAGACUCUCCGUCGCCCAAAACUCGACCAGUCCGACAGAAGCUAAACUUCACAGCCAGCGAUGGAGAGGAUGAGCCAGUUGACGACGUCAACGAGUCCGGCUUCACAGAGAUGGACUCCCCAACGCCGAUACGAGCUGGUGCCUUCGAAAAACUUCUGGACGGCGGCAGCAGCCCCGUGAAGCGCUCCGGCGAGGACGAAGCGGCUGAGCUUUGGACCGAAGAGGGCUUCGGCUCCCCGUCCCACUUGCUGUCGCCGACUUCAGCUCUUUUCGCCGCCUGCACGCCCUCACCAAGGAAAGCUUCCCGGCUACACCCGGCCUCACCCGAGCGGCCGUACGACCAGAUCGACGAAGACGAAUGCAGCUCCCCGAUCCCCGCCUGCCCCGACACACCUCCACACAAAACACUGAGGAAACUGCGACUUUUUGACACGCCGCACACACCAAAGAGCCUUCUGUCACGUGUGAGGGGCUCAUCCAGCAUGAGGGGGUCCCUCUUCAAGAAUAUGGAGCCUGCAGCCAAGUCCCUCAGAGACGGGGUCACCAGGAGACAGCCCAUGCCCCUGGUCAACUUUAACCCCUUCACACCCGACUCCCUGCUCAUCCAGUCGGCCACGCAGCAACACAACAAUAGGAAGCGAGCGCACUGCAGUGUCUCUGGUGGUGAAGACAUGGAGACCAGUGAUGCCGAGGGAGAUGGAGAAAUCUUGCCACCAUCAAAGAGGAUCACCAUGAUGAAGACCAACAUGAUGACAUCUCGCUACGCCUCAGAGUUUCUGGAGCUGGAAAAAAUAGGCUGCGGUCAGUUUGGUGCUGUGUUCAAGUGCGUGAAGAGACUGGAUGGCUGCAUCUACGCCAUCAAGCGCUCCAAGAAGCCUUUGGCUGGAUCGGUGGAUGAACAGAACGCCCUGCGCGAGGUGUAUGCCCACGCCGUGCUGGGCCAGCACCCCCAUGUGGUGCGCUACUACUCCGCAUGGGCUGAGGACGACCACAUGCUCAUCCAAAACGAGUACUGCAAUGGUGGCACGCUGUCGGAUGUCAUCACCCACAAUGCCAAGCGUCUCUGCCACCUGACAGAGCUCGAACUCAAGGACAUCCUGCUGCAGGUCGCCCGCGGCCUCAAGUACAUCCACUCCAUGUCACUAGUGCACAUGGACAUCAAGCCAAGCAACAUCUUCAUCUGUCGCAGGUCUGUCAGCAGCUGUGGCGGUGUUGGUGAUGAUGAUGGUGGUGGUGGUGAUGGUGAUGAUGACGAUGACGACCUGAACUCCAGCAUUGUCUACAAAAUAGGGGAUCUGGGUCAUGUUACACGAGCCAACAACCGUCAGGCAGAGGAAGGCGACAUUCGAUAUUUGGCCAACGAAGUUCUCCAAGAGGACUACACGGAUCUGGCUAAGGCAGACAUCUUUGCCCUCGCUCUCACUGUCAUUAGUGCUUCAGGUGCGGAGCCUCUGUCCACCAAUGGAGACGCGUGGCAUGAAAUCCGCCAGGGCAAACUACCUACCAUCCCACAAGUGCUCUCAUCGGAGUUUAUCACUUUGCUCAAGCUGAUGAUAGACCCUGACCCCGCCAGACGUCCAUCCAGCUCUGACCUUAUCCGUCACCCGGUGCUCCUGACUGCAUCCAGAAUGAGUGCGGAGCAGCUCAGAGUCGAGCUCAACGCUGUCAAGUUCAAGAAUGCUCUCUUGCAGAAGGAGCUUCAGAAGGCCCAGCUGGCCAAAACUGCCGCCGAGGAGACCAGCAGCACGCGGACCCGCUCCACCAGAACCUGCAGACUCAUCGGCAAAAUGAUGAACCGAUCAGUCAGCCUCAACAUAUUUUGAAAGUUCACUUUCUUGUACAUAGUUUAAAAAAGACACUUCACUUUGCCAUUUGCAACUUGCCAACUUGUACAUAGUUAUUUAAUAAAUGUCUUAUCUACAUGC